AAUCCCUUCAAGUUCAGUGUUUGUUGUGUUUAGUUUGGGUGUUGUUAAGUAAAAUUCUUGUCUUGAAAAGUAGUUUAAAACACAUUUUUGUGUGCCAACUGGUUGAGGAAUUACUUAAGAUUGGUAAGAGUCAAGAUUUUGGUGAAAACGUGGAAUUCAAAGCUUCUUUGUCUUUAUGAGAAAUGUGGUCAAGACGGGCCCACUUUUAACGUUGGCGUGGAGUUCAAUUAGAUAAAAUGUGGAAACAAUUAAAUCAGUAAACAAUGGAAAUCUUUAUAGUGAAACUUGUCGGUCCARGAUGUUGGGAUUUAACUUCAAAUUUAGGUGAUUUUUAGUGGCCGACAAACCAAGAUGGCGGCCUCCAGCAGUAUUGAUGUUGGCAUGAUUGAUAUCGAAGAUCCUUACAAAACACAACAAAGAGAGCUGAAGCUGUACGAGUAUCACGAAAUUCCAUAUUUUCUACGUGGAAAUGUGUUCAUAACAGAUGGAUAUCGCGCUUAUUUAAGUUAUAAAUGGUGUUUUAAAAGUUUAUGUGUGCUGUCCAAUGAGACUGUCAAUAUUUGGUCUCAUCUUCUUGGGCUUUUCUACUUCUUAGUUCUGCUAAUAUAUGAUAACUGCUUCAAGAUUCCAUAUGUCACAGAUUCCAACCUGGCUGAUCAUCUAGUGUUUACUGCUUUACUAAUUGGUUUUCAGCUUUGUAUGAUGUUCUCAGCUGGGUAUCACUUAUUUAGCUGUCAUUCAGAAAAAGUUUUYCAGUUCUGGUUCUCUCUUGAUCUUGCUGGAAUAUCGCUAGGUUUAUGUACAUGUUACAUCCCAUCUGUGUACUAUGGAUUCUAUUGUUAUGUGAAUUUGCAGACUCUGUAUUUAACAGGUGUCUGUUUGCUGACAUUGUUAACGCUCAUCCUUCAAGCACAUCCUCAAUUCCUGUCRUCAUCCUGGGCUUUUAAACGCCUGCUAUUGUUCUGCACCCUGGUGGCAUAUGGAUUGAUACCUGUCUGUCACUGGGUCUUMCUUAAUGGGGGAUUUGAAGUGGAACUUGUUAGRUUGUUUAUUCCCAAGGUUGGUGUAAUGUACAUCCUUGGAAUCUUAGCUCUGUUAUUUUAUGCUUUCAAAUUUCCUGAAAGGUAUUUUCCAGGCAAAGUGAAUUACAUGGGAUCCAGUCACCAAUGGUGGCAUAUUCUUGUACUGAUUGCGUUCUCUUGGUGGCAUAGUUCAUGCAUGUUUUACAUGCAAUACAUUAAAAAACACAGUUGUUGAGACARAAUCUACAGCUAUAUCUACAAGCCCUCUGGUUUACUAUCAACCAACUCUCAUGAAUAGAAAGAGGAAAGGCCAACAGCCAUGUUGGUUGUAUUAACCAAAUACUGAUGAGAAAUAUUUUGUUGAAGACCAACCAACAUGGCUGCCACAAACAGAAAACCAUCUGUAAUUUCUCCUUGAAACUAUUAAGGAGCACAGAGACAUCUCAACGCUGAAGCAGUUGUGAGAAGCUAGAAGGAGCGAUGUCCUCAUAUUAUAUUAAUUUCAUCUAUUGCAAAUUACAGUAUUUCUUUAUAUUAUUAUAGUGGAAAUUCUUGAGAAG